AUGGCCCGGAUGAACCGCCCAGCGCCGGUAGAGGUCUGCUACAAGAACAUGAGGUUCCUGAUCACCCACAACCCCACCAAUGCCACGCUCAACACCUUCUUGGAGGACCUGAAGAAGUACGGUGCCACCACGGUGGUGCGAGUGUGCGAGGUGACCUACGACAAGACCCCCCUGGAGAAGGACGGGAUCACCGUCAUGGACUGGCCGUUCGAUGAUGGGGCGCCUCCUCCCAGCAAGAUAGUGGAAGAUUGGCUCAACCUGCUGAAGACCAAGUUCUGCGAAGACCCCGGCUGCUGCGUGGCCGUGCACUGCGUGGCUGGCCUGGGCCGUGCUCCUGUCCUCGUUGCCCUGGCCUUGAUCGAGAGCGGGAUGAAGUAUGAAGAUGCCAUCCAGUUCAUCCGACAGAAGCGCAGAGGAGCCAUCAACAGCAAGCAGCUGACCUACUUGGAAAAGUACCGACCAAAGCAGAGACUCCGAUUUAAGGACCCUCAUAACCACAAGAACAAAUGCUGCAUCAUGUAAACCUCAGAUGACCUCUUG